GAAAUGGAAUUCAUUUUAUUGAUUUGUCAUGACCGAAUUCAUUGCACCUUCUGCCAAACUACUCAAGUGUACAGAGCGAUCGUUUGUUCAUCAGGUUGCUGGACAUGUAGACUCUUUUGAGCCUUGCACUGUUUCUACUACCACAACCAGUCCUUGCUUGGUUAAAUCCACCACUCUAUCUGAAAUUGCUUUCUACCGUCAUGCUCUUUCAAACUACUCCAACAUGUAUCGUCUUUUCAUGCCUCAAUACUUUGGUCAUUGUUCUGAUCCUUCCAUGUCUGACCUCCCAGACUCCAUUCCAACCAUUGUUGAGCAUCCUUUGACCCCGAUACUACAACACUCUCCGCCUAGAUAUGCGAAGCUUUUUUUAUCUGACUUGACUGCAGGAUACUCUUUUCCUUGCAUUUCUGACAUUAAAGUGGGAGUAAGAUUGUAUGGAGAUGGUGUAUCGCCAGAAAAGCGAGACCUUAUGAUUCUGCAGUCACAAAUCACUACUUCUGGAUCUAUUGGCUUGAGGAUUUGUGGCAUGAAGGUGUUUCAACCCAAGACCCAAACCUACGAUGUCUAUGACCGAUCUUUUGGUAGAUCCAUAUUAUUUGAAUCCAAGAAAACCUCGCUUGAAGAUAACCAAACGGCCUCGUUUAAACUGGUUCGUGCUGGAUUAGAGGCAUUUUUUACUUUGGCAGUUCCUGGUCAACGUGGAUGCACCUCACACCCUGAUUCACUCACUCCUACGAUGUUGAGUUUGAAUACUCCCGAGGGUCUAAAGGUCCAGACCAUCAUGACUUGUACGCGAGAUUUACUUGUGCAGCUGCGAUCUGUUUUAAAAUCAAUACCAUUGCGUAUUUAUGGUGCAUCUGUUUUGUUGGUAUACGAAGGCGAUCCAUCUGCGUGGAACAGAGCCAUCAGUCAAGACUCUGAUUGUCCUGUUAAUUCGUUGAGCAAUUUACAUCCAGUUCAGGUUCAUUUGUUGGAUUUUUCGCACUCGUCAUUUGUGGAUGAUGGUCAAGGUCCUGAUACUGAAGUGCUAUUUGCACUAGAUAAUCUUAUUUGUAUCAUCAACAGUAUGCUUCAAGAUCUAACAUUCACCUGAACCGUAUGGAUUUU